AGAAAAUAUUUCAGACACCAGUCACUGGUGUUCCUUCUAUCUCUCGUCAUCCUGUUUUCCUUACUGCUUUUUGCCGAUGAACUUGACAACUGAGUCAGGAUUACAAGGUUGGUUCAUCCAUUUUCUUUCCAGAUCUUCGCUAUUUCGUCCUUAUACGGCCGUUCUUUUUUUUUGUUUUGUUUUGUCUCUUUAUUAUCUUUCCUUGCUUUCUUGCAAGCGGCAACAUAGAGGAAGACGUCUAACAUGGACGCAUACUUAUUUGCACUCAGUGGAGUCGGGAUAUCCGGUCUUUUUUGACAUUUUAUUCUCCUUUGUGGUUUAUUUGCAGGGUUGCUUUCGUUUUGGGGAUCUUGCAGGUGGCUUAUAUCUAUCUGUAUAUAUCGAGUUGCCAUAUCGUCCAGAUAGUUAGCUUCUGGGGUUCAUGUACGAGUUAGAGGUAGUUGAAUAAAGGUGCUAGUUUGCGUGGCCUACGGGUCACAUCAAUCAUCAACAUUGGCUUGACACCGUAAAUACAGUUCCAC